AUGACGGAUGUUCUCUACAGGGCUACCAAGUACAUGAAUGUAGAGGAUGCACUGGAGGAUGCACUGCUAGCCCGCGAGGAAAAGCCUAAGAAGAGGGAGAGGCAGGAGGACACGCGACAAGAUAGAGGGAGAAAGGUCGCUAGAACCGGGGAUCAACGAGAUGAAAAGCGCCCUAGACCCCCAACUGGAAGAUUCACCAAUUUCACCCCAUUAACCGCCCUAAUUGAUCAAGUAUUGAUGCAAAUCAAAGAUGAAAGAGCAUUGACUUUCCCUGGAAAGUUGAAGGGAGACCCCAACAAAAGACCAAGAAACAAGAAGGGGAAGCUACAGAGGUUCGUCAGCAGGGAAAGAACUGAUACACCAGAGGAACAGGCCCCACGACGGGAGAACGAGCGCCCUAGACCACCUAUAGGGGACAUAAGAAUGAUCGUAAAGGGCACAGCCGCAGCCGGAUCUUCCAAGAAAGCCCGCAAAAUCUACCUCAGGAUGGUCCAUAGCGUCCAAAUCACAGAAUCCGUACCAAAGAUGCCACAAAUAAAUAAACCCGUCAUAAAAUUUUCAGAGGAUGACGCUCGGAGACUUCACCAUCCUCAUGACGAUGCACUUGUGGUCAGCUUACAGAUAGGGGAUUAUAACAUGCAUCGGUUCCUCGUCGACAACGGCAGUUCAACAGACAUCCUGUACUAUCCAGCAUUCCAGCAAAUAAGGAUCGACAGGGAAUGGUUGACCCCCACGAAUGCCCCGCUCGUGGGAUUUGGGGGAAUGAAGGUAUUCCCUUUAGGCGCAAUAACACUAGUUGUUACGGCGGGUGACUGUCCUCAAUAG